AUGGAGCAGCUGCUGCGCGCUGAGCUGCGGACUCGGACCCUGCGCGCCUUCGGGAGCCCAGGGGCUGGAGGCAUCAGCGAGGGCCGAGCCUAUGACACAGACGCGGGCCCGGUCUUCGUCAAGGUCAACCGCAGAUCCCAGGCCCGGCAAAUGUUUGAGGGCGAGAUGGCCAGCUUGGAGGCCCUCCGGGGUACAGGCCUGGUGCGGGUGCCUCAGCCAGUGAAGGUGAUCGACCUGCCAGGAGGCGGGGCCGCCUUUGUAAUGGAGUACCUGAAGAUGAAGGGCCUGAGCAGUCAAGCAGCAAAGCUUGGGGAACAGAUGGCGGAUUUGCAUCUGUACAAUCAGCAGCUUGGGGAGAAGCUGAAGAAGGAAGAAGGCACAGUGGGUCGGAGGGCUGGUGGUGCCGAGUUCCAGCACGUGACCAAGUUUGGCUUCCACACAGUCACCUGCUGCGGCUUCAUACCACAGGUAAAUGAGUGGCUGGAUGACUGGCCGACCUUCUUCAGCCGGCACCGGCUCCAAGCGCAGCUAGACCUCAUUGAGAAGGACUAUGCUGACCGAGAGGCACGGGAGCUCUGGUCGCGGCUGCAGGUAAAGAUCCCGGAGUUGUUCUGUGGCUUGCAGAUCGUCCCUGCCCUGCUCCAUGGGGACCUGUGGUCGGGAAACGUGGCUGAGGACGAGACAGGACCUGUCAUUUAUGACCCGGCCUCCUUCUAUGGACACUCUGAGUUUGAACUGGCCAUUGCCUUGAUGUUCGGGGGGUUCCCCAGAGCCUUCUUCACUGCCUACCAUCGCAAGAUCCCAAAGGCCCCUGGUUUCGACAGGCGGAUGCAGCUGUAUCAGCUGUUCAACUAUCUCAACCACUGGAACCACUUUGGACGGGAGUACCGCAGCCCGUCCCUGAGCACCAUGAGAAUGUUGCUCAAAUAG